AUGAACCUAUUCAGACGAGUUUGCAUCCCCUUAUUGAGAUAGGUACCUAAAAUUGCUACUCCAAGAGUUGUGGCAUUAUCAUUAUUAACUUCUCACUUAAUUUUGUUUCCUAAGAAAGUCAAUGCAUCUACCGUACCCAAUCCAGAAGGAUCAAGCAAUGGUUUCAAUAAAUAUGAAAAAUUCUCUGAUUAAAUUUAUGAAUAAAUUCAUUAAACUCACGAUAUAAUCAUCGUAGUGGAUCCAGACAGAUUUGUGGAGCAUUUUUUGGAUGAAUUGCUUCAAGUGGUUGAUUAAGUGGUGAAAGUGUAAAGAGUAAGGUCAAAGAGACCCCUAAAGGUAUUGACUUUGAAUGAACCGAUCACAGAAAAAUUGGUAAGGGACUUCGAGUAAAAGUACAAAAUUACAAUUGAAUAGGAUACUAUUAUGCUUUUGAAGAAUAAAUAUAUUCAAAGGAUAUAUAAUUUCAAUGCAAAUGAUUAUUUUGAGAAUAGAAUUCUUUUGGUCAAUUAUUUUAAGAAGAUUAAUAAGUUAACCCAAAAAAAGUUAAAUGAAUUUGAGUAAAUUUUAUCAUAUCUACCAUCUACAGAAACUGCAGUUUUAGUUUAUGCUGACAAAUCAUCGCCGCAAUACAAGAAUGUAUAAACAAGGUUUUGCAUUAUGCAAUAAAACGAUAACUAUCAAAAGAAUGAAAAAUUGCAUUGGAUUCUAAUUGACAAAGCUGUUGCAGAGAAAUUAGGUGUCCAGGACAUCUAAAAUGGACAAUUGUUUUUCUUAUAGAAGAGCAGUAAAUUAAAUAACUUCUAAUCCUCCAUAACUAUCAACAAUAAAAAGUUACUAAUUACACCAGCAGGCACUUUAGGAGGCAAAUCAGUGGAUAAUGUAAUGGAGGACUUGACAAAGGCAUAUAAUGAUGCGAAUGUGUUUUCAAAUAGAAGCUUUGGUAAGUCCUUUACCAAGUAUUCAAUUGUACUAGAAUUGGAUUUGAAUAAAAUACCAAAACAUGAGGAAACAAGAUUAGUAAAGGCUUUUGGAGAAUUGAAAAAAUAUUUAAAGGAGACUAACCCCGAAAUAUUGGAUAAGACUGAGUUUAUCUACUUGAAUAAGACUCCCAAAGAUAAUCAUUUGGGUUAUUAAGUAUAUGUAAGGGAUGAUCAAAAAUAUGGGGAUCGAUUGAGACAACAUCAAGAAACCGAUAUUAAUGUCAUGCAGAAACUAAGUGUAUUCAAUGAGUUUGGAUAAGCUCAUAGUUACAUCUAUAGAUUAGAUGAAUAAAUAUAGGUAAGCAAGGAUUCUUUGAUUUCAUUUUUCAUGGCUGUAAAGAAUGGACAUGCAAAUGAAUAUUUCUAAACUCAAGAAUAGCCUAAAUACAAAAAGUACUCCAUAAAACUAGUGGGUAAGACAUUCUAAAAGGAAGUCAUGGAAAGCAACAAAGAUUUUGCAAUAUUUUAGUAUUCAAAGAAUUGUCAUGCAUGUGGAGAAUAUGGUUAAUAUUUUGAAAAUUUAGCAUUGGAAUCAUACAAAUAAGAACAUCCUACUAUGACUUUUGGAAGAAUGAACAAUGAUCACAAUAAACCAUCAUGUAUCCAAGAUUUCCCAUACACACCAGUAUUUAUGGUCUGUAAAAAAGGAAUUCAACAUAUUCCAUAUGUUUAUAGAAACCAGAAAUUCACUCCAGAUCUAUUGAAAAGCUUUUUCAGCGUAACAAAUGCCAUUAAUUUAAUUCCUGAAGAUUAAUAUUAAAAAUUGUAGACUGACAGAGCUUUAUUCACGUAAAAUCAAUGA